AUGAAUGAGAUUCCUUUGUUCGACCGGGAUACUGGACCAAAAGAGAAAGAACUAGUAGAGACUCUAUCUGAAAUCUACUCGAUAAUAAUAACGAUUGAUCAAGUUGAAAGACUGUACAUCAAAGAUGUUAUUGGAGAUGAGCAGCAAUAUACCAAUCUAAUCAACAAGCUCCUAGUGCGAUAUAAGACACUGAUCGCUAACAAUGAAAACGACCCUGAAUUCAAGCGUAUGUUUGGGUCCUCGAUACAUGAGUUCACAGACAAAUACAAUAUAAUUGCAUCUAAUGGUGUUAUUAGACUAGAAAAGGGCAUCCCUAUGACGACCGAGCACAAUGAUGGUACAUCUGGCAACGGCUCAAAUUAUAAUGCUAAAAACGUGGCAGAGGCGACAGGGAAUUUCAUCACUAUAAUGGACGCAUUGAAGCUAAACUACCGAACCAAGGACCAGCUACAUCCCCUGCUGGCGGAACUGCUGCUUAGUAUUAAUCGAGUAGGGCCAGCACAGGGACCUGCGGCAUCUGGAGACGACGAAGCCGCAGCCGGUUUCGAGAAAGAUAAGAAAAAGCUAGUCGAGUGGAUUGUUAAGAUCAAUAGGAUGAAAAUCGAUCAAGAAUUGGACGAUCAAGAAGCAAAGGAGCUGCUAUUUGACCUUGAUGUUGCGUACAAAAAUUUUUAUUCACUACUGAACUGA